AUGGAUUCGCACGAUUCGCCCCCGAGUUGCUUCUCGUCGUCUUUUUCUUCGAUUCUUUUAUCUUGUAUACAAGUUCGGAAGGAGAAGAGGAGACGGAACAUUCCUGUUUCUUCCUCUACUACCACCACCAAUCCAUUCAUCAGCAGGGCGCAAAGACAAAGCUGCUCGCACACAAGCGUCUGCAUCUGUACAUGCACUUCCAGUCUCGACCCCGAGAAACAAUCUCAAUCAGAAUCCCCGAUUGACAACGCAAAUAAUGAUAUCAACAUUACAACAACCACAACCAUAACAACUACAACAGCAACAACAUCAAUCCGCAUCGUCGACUCAGACUCCAGCUCCGAGUACGACACUGCGUCUGUAGACUCCGACACGGGCUCAGUCUCCGAUUACGGAUGUGGUUGCUCCAGUUAUGGGUAUGGGUAUGGCCAUGAUCGGGCCUGUGAGCUAGGAGACGAUGUGGAGUCUCCAAAGCAGGUUCUCUCAGGGAGACCGCUACCUCCGCUCCCAGUUGCUGUUCUCUCAACACAACCGCAAAGCACAAGUCGAAAACAUCCCGAGAUCAAGACCCGACUCAUAGAGGAGACGAUCCCCGAAGAGGACGAGGAAGAGUAUCGGUACGAGGAGCUGCAGUUCCAGAAGCAGCAGCAGGAAGAGAAAGAGAGAGAGGAGGCGAAGCGCCAUAAACGGACGACCAGUCGGCGGAAGUCGAUGAUUGAGUUGUUUAAUCUUUCUAGUGUGGGGUUUGCGUCUGAGUCUGAGUCUGGGUCAGGAUUGGUCUUGCCGGGGUUCUCGCUUUCGUUCUCGAAUAUCAAUUUCAGGUUUCCGUUGCCACCUGUUUGGGGUCAGAGUCAGAGUCAAAGGCAAGACGAGGGUGGGAAGGAGGGCAAGGAGCAGGCGCAGAAGAUAUGGUCACGGCCACGGCCCAGGUCGAUGUCUUGUCUACUGUCAGCUCUUUCUUCCUCGACUUCUACACAUACGCCUCCAUCCACAAACACAUCACACAAACGCUCACAUUCUGAGAUCAAUCUUCAGUCCACACAGGCACAGUCUGAAGAAUCAACCCCCGAAGAAUCGACCACACCCCCCGAAGAACUUCCAACACUAACAACAACAAAAAAAGAACGGCGAAUGGGCACAGUCGUCUUCCCCCCAUUAGCACUGCUCUCACGAGAUCGCGACCGAGAUCGAGACAGCACAGAAAGUAGGAAGCAGUCGCGGCCUCUUUUUUACUAG